AUUAAGAGAACGUAGUAUGGCGUAUGUAAUUGGUUGUGUCUGGCAAAUAAUGGCCUAGGUGCAGCCAUUCUUCAUUUUCAAAGACGUAAAACGAAAAACUGAAGUAAUGUAUACGUUGUUAAUCGGAAAAGUCUGAGAGAACUCGAGUAAUUUUGUAUCGAUAGCGGAAAUUUCUGGUGUUUCACGUCUCAUUAAAAUCGUCUAGGGCGUCUAGAGUCCUCUGACGUAUUUUGUUUUAAAAUGGGUGUGUAUUUUUGUGAUCAUACGUUAUCGCUUGUGUUAGUCAUAAUUUACUGAGGGGAAGAUUUGGUCGUUUGAGUGGGAGGCAGAUACGUUAUCACGUCUGAUAGGCUGGAAUGAAAACGUGAACUAGUUGCUACUUUAAAAGAUAGAGGAAAUAUUUUGUUGUAUCACAAUGGCAUCCACAAAAACUUCUAGGCAUAACGACAGUGCUACACCAAUGAUGCCGUUGAAGCAUCGUUAUGGUUAUUCACGCGAUAGUUUAGGAAGAUAUUCAGAAAAUUCUUUGCAUUCCACUUAUUUGGGACGGUAUGGUGGUGGGAGCCGCUGCCAAGACUGUCUGACUCGGAUUCCAUAUGCAACCCUAAUUGCAACCAUCAUGUGCGUUGUUGGUGUAGGUGUAUUUUGUGGUACUAUGUAUAGAGGUGCCACAUUGAGUGCACGUAUGUUUGAUGAAGUAUUUCAUCUGCGUCUUGCAUGGCUGGAAGCAGUGCAGCUAAUAUUUGUGGUAGUUGGGGCUGGUAUGGGGGCAUUGGGACUCAUGAUCUUGUUUGUUGGGUGCUUGGCAACUGGAGCAACAAGACACAAAGUUUAUCGAGCGUGGCGUGCACGAGUUGGAGGCCGUAUCUCAUGUGCAGUUUUUAUGAGCAUCACAUAUAUUCUACAAAUAGCAUGGCUGCUAAUGUUGUGCUUCCUUGUCAUUGUCACGCUCAUUUUCACCAUAUUUUGGUCUCUCUGCACCAAUACAGAUGUACAGAACAAUAAGAAGUGCAUUGAUUUCAGACAAUUUGAUUUUAUGUUUCCAUACAACACAAAGCCUUCAGAUAUGGAAGUCUGUGAGGCUCAUGAAAUCAAAUUGUUUUGUAAGGAUUAUGUGGAACGAGCUGAAGUGAUGUUCAUUCUGGCUACUGUGGCUUGUCUGCUUGUCAUUAUAAGUCUUAUUCACUACCUGAUGUGCCUUUCUGCCAACUAUGCCCAUAUCCGAGAUCAUGAGAAGCUCCAAGAACUGCAAGAAUUGCAGUAUCUUCAAGACCCAGAAUUGUCAGUUGCUGGGUCUAAAGAUCGUUUCUAGGAUACAGCUAAGGAGAUCUUCAAGGAGAAAGAAUGGGAGAUGUUGCUCUCCUAGGACGGUUGUUAUUGGCAUUAUGCUCGAGUUGGUAGGAACUGUUAUAGUCGGGGAAGACACCAUUACAUUUUGAUUGUGAUGAAUCCUGUCAUGCAGGUUCCCCUAAUGAGACUGACAAAUGAAUGAAUGUUUAGGCUUACUCAGCGGUGUAAUCAUGUGGAAUAGUUGUGUCCGUCCAUCUGUAACCUCAUAUCAGCAGCAUAUGCAUUUUAUUUUCCCGUAUAGCAAAAACUUGAAGAGGUACUUUGAACCAUUCAAGCCUUGACUUCUCAAACAGUCAGUCAGGUCAUGACUCCCUGUGGAGGUCAUGAUGUACUGUAAUGCGAAUAGCUGAAUUCUCAAGAAUUAUUUAUAAUGUAGUUAGUUGUAUCUGUGAACACUUUUUGCAAGGUUUCGUAUCGGAGCUUUCAGAGGAUGUAGAUGCAGUCAAGAUGCAGAUAAUGGUAAAUGUGUAAAAUUAACUGUAGUAGUUGGAAAGGGGGAUUUAUAUUAGUGGG